UUUCCGUAUUGGCGCCACCCAAAGCAGACAGCGUGCACACACAAACCACACGCAACACCCACCCCCACACCAACCCACCACCAAGAACCACCAGCACCCCCACACCAACCAACGGUGGCGCUGCAAGGCGGAAGCCAGACGACGGCGGAGGACAAGGGAUCGCAAAAGCAAGGAGAGAUCCACCAAGGAGCCACUCGCGCAAGCGGAGAAGGAGAAGCAGUCCAAGACCAGGUGCAAGGCCAACAACACACAGCGCAAGCUCAACAGCAACCACCACAACCUCGCACAACCAUGCCUCGCCUUUCACCACUGAUGUUGAUGGCUGGGAACUCCCACCCCCAGCUACUCCACGAUGUUGCUUCACACUUGCACAAGAAGCCAUGUGAAAUCACCGCCUGCAAGUUUGCCAACGGAGAGACGCGCGUAAGCAUUGGGAAGAGCGUGCGCGAUGCUGACGUAUUCCUGCUGCAGACAGGGAUGGGCCACAAGGCUGAGGAGGGCGAAGAGCUCAAGCAAGACACAACUCUCAACGACUCGUGCAUGGAGCUGCUCAUCAUGGCCUCGGGCGUGCGCCUUGCCUCGGCCCAGCGCAUCGUCGCCGUGCUGCCAUAUUUUCCCUACAGCAAGCAGAGCAAGCAGAAGCGCCGCGGCACCAUCCCCGCCCGCCUGUUUGCGGACCUGCUCAAGACGGCCGGUGUGGAGCACGUCAUCACGCUCGACCUGCACCACAUGCAGAUGCAGGGCUUCUUCAGCGUGCCCAUCGACAACGUCAAAUCCUCCCCGCUCCUCAUCGACUACAUUCGCGAACACAUUCCCGAUUGGCAGAAUUGUGUCGUCGUUUCCAAGAACGCAGGCGCCCUCAAGCGUGCUGCGCUGAUUGCGAAGCGGCUUGGGCUGCAGCUUGCAAUGAUCACGGGCGAGCAGUACAAAUACGCCGAAGCGCUCUCGGAGGAGCGCCUCUCUGGCGAAGGCAGCAUGGACGCGGCUACACGCGAGCAGACAAACAUGAUGGAGGAGGUCGAAGAUGAAGCACAGGGUGACGGUAUCAUUGGGAGCGUGAAUGGUCGCGGUGCCAUCAUCAUCGAUGACAUCAUUGACACGCCAAACGCAUUCAUCUCUGCUGCGAAACUGUUGAAGAACAACGGGGCCAAGGACGUGUAUGUGAUUGCCACGCACGGCCUGCUCUCUGGCGACGCGCCGGAAGAACUCAACAAGUCGGGCGACAUCAAGCACGUCGUCGUCACCAACACCGUGCCGCAGCAGGACCAUGUGCGCAGGUGCGAGAAGUUGGAGGUCAUUGACUGCAGCUUCGUGCUGGCCGAGGCCAUUCGCCGCGUGCACAACAACGAGCCCCUCUUCUCCAUGUACACCAACCACAAGGACGGUGACAAGGGGCUUGCGCUCACACAGUGGAAGACCCCAGAGGAGGCCGUGUCCCUCAACGAGACACCGCGGCCACGCUCGCGCACGCGCAGUCUUCGCCGCGCCGCAACCUUGCCGACAACAUCGUCGGCGAGCAACUCGCCUCGCGGAUCAUCGUCCACGCUCACACCCAUGCCAGAGGUGAGCCCGCUGCGAACAUCAGAGGACGCCCAUCAUGGCCCGUCCUCGUCUUCCCCCUCUUCUUCUUCUUCUUCUGCCGCGAAAACCACAAAGCCCAGCGCCAGCACGGAAGCCACCGGUACCACCAACGCCAACACCGCCACGUCUUCUCCAAAGGCCAAGCACUAGACUGCUCCUGAACAGGCGGGACAGCCGCCUCGUCCUCUUGCUUCCCUCCUUCCCCUUGUCUUCCUGCACGUGUACAUUUACUGCCAUUCUUUUAACUCGUCGUUAGUUUGUUGCUUGACCCUGUGGUUUGUUUUGGGGUUUGCUGCAGUUGUGUAUUGUAGUUGUGCAACUGGCUUUGCUUGCUUGCUUGUGUCUGUCUGUCCGUCUGUUUGUUCUGUGUGUGCAGGCGAGCCCAGCCACCUUCCCUCCACCCCCUUCCCUCUCCCUUCCCCCUGCCCGUCCUCGUCCCUCCUUUCCCUGCUUACUUUGUGGCAGUUGCCUUUCUGGCCCACCACCACCACCACCACCACCAUCGUUCGUAAACAGUCUUUCCAAGCGGCAUCCACACAUGAAACGAAAUGACGUCAUAUCUUCCACCACUUUUAUCACACACACACACACACGCAAAACCCC